CUGAUAGCAGCAUGCCGAUCUGAUCUGCUGUCAAUCAAUUUUAUAAAUAGGUGACAUUUAGAAUUCUUUGCACAGUCACUGAUCGCCAUGAAGGUGCAAGUGGCGCUCAUCGCUGUGCUCUGCAGCACAGCAUUUUCUUACAAGACAUAUGACGGGUAUCAUGUCUUGAAGACGAAGCCUCUCGCGCAGGAGGAUGUGCGCAAAUUCGAUCCUAUUCUUAAAGACCCGACUUUCGAUAUCUGGACUUCCUUCCGGUUAGGCGAACCUGUCGAAAUCAUGGUGCCCGAAGCCAACGUGACCUCUCUGAUGGGAAAAUUGCUCCGAGAUGGUUUGGAGCCGACCAUCACCAUUCACGACAUGGGGCCAAUUAUUGCCAAAGAGCGUAUGGAAAUCAAAAGCAUGAGGAAAACCGAAGCUCUCAAUGGAAAAGCGCCCAGCUUUGACAGGUUCUUGGACAUCGACGAGAUUAACGCUUAUUUGGACUCGGUGGUGGCCGACUACCCCGCACUCGCAUCCAUCAUCGAAAUUGGCAACUCCUUCGAGGGCAGGCCUCUGAGGGUGCUCAAGCUUUCUAACGGCCCUGGAAAGUCUGGUCUUUUCAUGGAGUCGGUGAUCCACGCACGCGAGUGGAUUGGACCGCCUGUCCUUCUGUACGCAAUCAACGAGCUGACCGAAAAUUUGGCUAACAACCAGGCCGUUCUGGACGCCAAUGACUUCUACUUCUUGCCCGUGGCCAAUCCUGACGGAUACUCAUACACCUGGACCAACGAACGACUUUGGAGGAAGACGCGGAAGCCAAACCCCGGCUCCACUUGCGUUGGAACCGAUCCAAACAGGAACUUUGAUUGGGCAUGGGGAGGUGGUGGACCCCAUGACGCUUGUGAAGCAACUUUCCCAGGAGCUGCAGCCUUUUCCGAGCCGGAAAUGCAAGCGUACGCAGAUUUCCUCACCAAUAACCCUAGCAUCAACAUGGUUAUUUCUGUGCACAGUUACGGCCAAAUGCUACUCUACUCGUGGGGAGACACUACGGCUCCGCCACCAAAUGUGGCAAUUUUGGACUCCGUGGCAACAGAGGCUAUUGCCGCCCUCACCGCCGUAGCAGGCACGACAUACGACAUUGGAUCCAUCUCCAACGUAAUCUACCUUGCUUACGGUGGAACCAUUGACUGGGUCCUUGGCGUGCUCGACAAGCAGGCUUACGCUUUUGAGCUGCCUGGUGGAGGACUUGCUGGAUUCAAUCCUCCUCCUUCAUUGAUCGUCCCUGUCGCCACUGAGACGUGGGAGGCCAUCAAGGUCUUUGCUCAGAACAUUCCUCCACUGUAAACUUGCAAUAAAAAUCGUUUCUGAAACGAUUAAUUGAAAAAUAA